CGCUGCGAUGGCGACGACGGCUCUGCUGGAGAGGGACGCGGCUCUGCGGGCCUGGGCUCGGGUAUGACUCCGGUUCGCCUGCUCGAGGUUUCCUUGCUGCUCGGUAGCUGCUCGGGCUGCGGGUGAAUCUUCGGCUGCUCGCUCCUCGUCGUCGCGUUUCUCGAUUUCCAUGUCUAACUUGUGAGAGUUUCCAAACAAGAUCACCAGGAUUGCUCAUCGUCCAUUACUGAUUGUCUGUGACUGGUCCAGUCCGGAGUUCCUUGUUGGCUGACCACUCUCCUUCACAGGGGCCAUGGGGGAGGAGGUGCAGCAUAGCUUGGAGUGUAUCCAGGCCAAUCAGAUUUUCCCCAAGAAGACCCCGGUCCUGGAAGAGGAGAACAUGCAGGUGCCCUUUCCUGAGCUGCACGGGGAGUUCACGGAGUAUGUCGGGAGAGCGGAGGAUGCCAUCAUCGCGAUAUCCAACUACCGCCUGCACAUCAAGUUCAAAGAAUCUGUUGUCAACGUCCCUCUUCAGCUCAUAGAGAGUGUGGAGUGUCGGGAUAUGUUCCAGCUCCACGUGACCUGUAAGGACUGCAAAGUCGUCAGGUGUCAGUUCGCCGCGAUCGAGCAGUGUCAGGAAUGGCUGAAACGUCUGAACAUUGUCGUGCGCCCUCCGUCUCGUCUGGAGGACCUGUUCUCCUUUGCCUUCCAUGCCUGGUGCAUGGACGUGUACGCCGGUGAGAAGGAGCAGCACGGCGAGCUGUGCAGACCAGGUGAACAUGUGACCUCCUGGUUCAAGAAUGAGGUGGAGAGGAUGGGCUUUGACACUCAAAACGCCUGGAGGAUAUCUGACAUCAACAGCAAGUUCAGACUCUGCCCCAGCUACCCUCAGCAGCUCCUGGUGCCAGCCUGGAUCACAGACAAGGAGCUGGAAAAUGUGGCAGCCUUCCGCUCCUGGAAGAGGUUUCCUGCUGUGGUUUAUAGGCACCAGAGCACGGGGGCUGUGAUCGCCCGCUGUGGUCAGCCAGAGGUCAGCUGGUGGGGUUGGAGGAACGCUGACGACGAGCACCUGGUCCAGUCCAUCGCCAAGGCCUGCGCCGUGGACAGCAGCUCCCGCAAACACCUCAGCAACGGCUCCUACACCAAUGGCUCAGACCUGCCUGACUUUGAAUCCUCGUUGACCAACAGCUCAGAGGUGGAGACGUUGGUUGUCCAGCCCCACAAGUUACUCAUCCUGGACGCCCGGUCCUACGCUGCUGCCGUAGCCAACAGGGCCAAGGGGGGAGGCUGCGAAUGCCCAGAAUACUAUCCCAACUGUGAGGUGGUGUUUAUGAGUAUGGCCAACAUCCACUCCAUCCGCAAGAGUUUCCAGUCUCUGCGUUUCCUCUGCACUCAGAUGCCUGAUCCAGCCAACUGGCUUUCUGCACUGGAGAGCACCAAGUGGCUGCAGCACCUCUCCCUGCUGCUGAAGGCGGCGCUGCUCGUGGUCAACGCCGUGGAUCGCGACCACCGGCCCGUCCUGGUGCACUGCUCCGACGGCUGGGACCGCACACCUCAGAUCGUCGCUUUGUCCAAACUGCUGCUGGACCCUUAUUAUCGUACUAUUGAGGGCUUCCAGGUUUUGGUGGAGACCGAUUGGCUGGACUUCGGCCAUAAGUUCGCAGACCGCUGCGGCCACGGAGAAAACUCUGAGGAUCAGAACGAGCGCUGCCCUGUGUUCCUGCAGUGGCUGGACUGUGUGCACCAGCUGCAGAGGCAGUUUCCAUGCUCUUUUGAGUUUAACGAGGCCUUUCUGGUGAAGCUGGUGCAGCACGCCUACUCCUGUCUGUUUGGCACCUUCCUGUGCAACAGUGGCAAGGAGAGGGAGGACCGCCACGUCCAGGAGAGGACCUGCUCAGUGUGGUCGCUGCUGAGACCGGCCAACCGCACGCUGAGGAACAUGCUCUACUCAUCGCACUCUGAGACCGUGCUCCACCCAGUGUGUCACGUGCGCAACCUGAUGCUGUGGACGGCGGUCUACCUGCCCAGCUCCUCCCCCACCACACCCUCCGACGAGUCCUGCGCCCCCUACCCCGUGCCCGGUGCCAACCCGGAGGAUGUACCACUGGGCAGAUGUACGAAGACUCGCUCUUUUGAAAACCUGCCCAGUGCAUGUGAGCUGGGAAGCUCCCCGGCUCCCAACCGCCGCUCCAGUGACCCGAGCCUCAAUGAGAAGUGGCAGGACCACCGGCGAUCUCUGGAGGUCAACAUGGCAGCAGGACCAGAGGGAGGAGGGAACCAGGAUCAGGAGGUGCUGCCUAACGGAAUGGGGCCUUACCCAGACAGAGCGGACUCUGAGCUGGACGAAGGCCCGCUGCCCCAGGGCUUGCUGGCGGAGCUCGGACAGGGAUCACCAGCUGCAACAGGAGAAGAAGAAGAGGAGGCAGAGCUCUCUGUGGCGGUGGGUGUUGCCGAAGGCCAAAUGGAGAACAUACUUCAGGAAGCCACCAAGGAGGAGGCGGGAGCAGAUCGGAAAGAGGGAAGUGCUGCUGUCACGCAAGUUAUUAACACUGUUGGUACAGAGUCGGAGAAAGAAGCAGAGGUUGAGGAUGAGAAUGAGUGCACUGACGUUAAUGGAACUGAGGUUCAAACAGAAACACUUUGUAAUGGUCACCAACCAGAGAACGGUGGCCUGGAGGCUGAGGAGGACGGCGAGUCUCCUCCUCCGCCUGCACAGACGGCAGAGGAGCUGGAUGAACAGGCUGCUGAGGUGACUCAGGCACCAGAGGAUGUCGAGACGCAGGCUGUUGAGAACUCUUCUUAUAAAGAAGAGGUUGCACAUGAACCCAGUGAGUCCGGCUCAGAUGAGCCAGAGCAGACGGAAACACAUAAAACUAUAACUAACGGCUUUGUGGACAGUUCACCUGAAGAUCCUGGCAUGGAGGAGGAGACCUGCCCUGAAUCUGACCCAGGUGUCUCUGACCCGAUGGAGCAGGUGGAGAAGGGGGCCUCUCUCAUGGAAAGCUCAACAGAGACUUUAACUGAAGUGGCCUGCAGUAGGUUGGAUCUGCCCACCCAGCCGCCUGUGUGUCCCAGCCGUCAGCCCUGCAGUGACGGCAGGAGCCAGCCCCCCUGCUCCAGGAAGGAGAAAGGGCUAGAGCCAUGCGAGCAUAGCUUCAUCAGAACUUUGAACGGCGCCACCAAGCGACCCUCUUUCAGUUAUUUUCAGUCUGUGAGUGCUGACCACAGCAGGGAAGGGCUUUGUAACGGCGACAGCUCCGAAGGGGAGCCCUGCGGAGUUCCCCACUGGGCCAAAGGGAACGGGGGGGAGCGGGCCCCUCUGAGUCGACAGAUGUCCCUCGCCAGCUGUAACUCCCUGAUCCUCCAUCCCCGGGGCAGCUGCUCUCACCACCGGUGUUGCCACUCCCUCCUGAGCCGGGCCGCCGUCAGCCCAGAGCAGCCGUCGCGCAGUCACCUGGACGACGACGGGCUGACUCUGCACAGCGACGCCAUCCAGCAGAGGCUGAGGCAGAUCGAGGCGGGGCACCAGAUGGAGGUGGAGACUCUGAAGAAGCAGGUGCAGGAGCUGUGGAGCCGCCUGGAGAACCAGCAGCACGCCGGCUCCCACAGGACCAACGGGGACAUGGGAGACGAAGUGACCUCAAUGACAGACUAUGAGUACAACUUUGACCACAACUGUUUGUCACGCUGCAGCACUGAGCUCUUCUCUGAGGCCAGCUGGGAGCAGGUGGACAAGCAGGACACUGAGGUCACUCGCUGGUACCCUGACCAUUUGGCAGCCCAGUGUUACGGCUGUGAGAGCAGGUUCUGGCUCGCCACCAGGAAGCAUCACUGCAGGAACUGCGGUAACGUGUUCUGCGCCAGCUGCUGCGACCAGAAGAUCCCAGUGCCAAGCCAGCAGCUGUUCGAUCCCAGCCGCGUCUGUAAGACGUGUUACAGCAACCUCCAGCUGAGCCCGGUUCCCCUGGAGCUGGAGAUGGACAAGCCCAUCACAGCCAGCUCCGACUGAGGCUCAGUGGAGCGAGUGAGAAGGAGGAGUCAGGCUGAGCGUUCAGCCGCUGACACAGGCGCACUGCUGAGGAAGAGCACAGGAGCUGCACAGAAUGUCCCAUGUACUUUGUGUGUGUGUGCGUGUGUGUGUGUGCGGCAGUUACUCAAUUCUUAAUGUGUAUAUACCGAGGACGACGUGGCAGCGGAGCUGAAUGACGUGUUUUCCAGAUGCCGAGCGCUCUGAACAGAGAAUGUGCACAGGGGUGUGUGAGAGUGUGUGAGAGAAGAAAUUGCACAUUGGCCACACAGAGUGUGUGGCUGCGAUGGGACUUCACUCCGAGGCCGGAGGAGUGAGGAUGGACGUCCUGGUGCCUUGGACCAGGCAGGCAGAGGGAGGCAGAGGAGGGCGUCUCACUGUGAUGCUGAAGUCUCCUGCAGGACUUUGGUCCACUCAAUCUGUUUCACCACUUACCCACAAUUCUCAUCAUCGUUAGACUUCCACCCACCAUCAGGGACUUCUUUUUCUACAGAGACUGUAUGAUCAGCAGUGAUGUGAGAAAUCUCCCAACAGUCACGAGUCCCUCAGCAUCAGAAAUGAAUUGAGAGUGAUGUUCACACAUGUUGUUUAGGGGGAAGAUUAAAUGGUCAGUUCCCCCAAAUGAACAAAAAGCACAUUGGCUCACUUUGCUUAUGUUAAAAUAGUGAUAUUUAGCCUUUAAUAAGUCUCAGAGCACAUAAAUACACAAAGGUAAAUAUUUAAAUAACUUGUUUUGUCCAACAAAUAGUUCAAAAUCUCGAGUUUUCUUUAAUAAUGAUGUGACACAAACGGCAGAAUUUGCUUUUGUUUGGGAAAAUGAUCAAAUAAUUUUCUGGAAACUGAAUUUUCAAUUGUUAAUAAGUAUUUAUUAUUUGUGGGGCUCUAAUGACAUAGACAGUGACCCAGUAUUGCACUAAUAUACAGUUUCCAUCCACUAUAAAUCAUUUUAACCCUGCUCGAUACUUUCUCAUUUUAUUCCUGUGUAUGGAAUCAAGCUCAGGUGUAUGUUUGUAGACUCAACACCCAAAGUGAGAUAACACUGAUGACAUCACUAUGACGUCAUCAGGAUAAAAGAAAAAACUUCUCAACGUUAAACAGCUGAUUUCACACAGACAGUUGUCUUCAUGAUGUUUCCAGUAAUGUGGAAAUGGAACAUCAAUUUCCCAACAGACACUGAUGGGAUUACUGGGUGAACUGACCCUUUAAUAUUCUAAUUGACUGAAUCUCAACACUUUUUUUUUUUGUGUUUGUUUUUAACUCAGCUUUUCACACAGAAUGGCACAGACGUGUGUGUAUGUGUGUGCGCGUGUGCGUGUAUACAGCUUGACUUGAAAAGACAAAACACCAAAAAAAAUAGUUUGUACAUUGGGAGUUAGUAUUUUAAGUUUGUUGAGAUUCAGUCCAGACACAUGUUUUUUGCAGGUUUUCAAAGCUUCUGAAACUUCAUAUUGUUUUUCUUUCUCAGACGUUCAUGUGAUCAGUCAUCAUUAUUAUUUUUAUUAGUGUCUGUAACACAACAUCAGCCAUGUGAGUCUUCAUCAGUGACCAGUAGAAAAGGCUCCUCCACACGACUGACUGUUAUUACUCGUCCGCCGCCAGUGUAAACCGAUGUGUUGUGGCGUUGUCGCUUUGUGUCAGGCGGCAGACGAGCUGUGUGUUGUUUGUGUCCUCGACGCGGACUUACAGGCUGUGUCAUCUCUCCUUCAUGCCCUUCUCUCACAACAGCCCCCUCCCUGUCAGUCUUUUUUACCCAGCAGGCACUGGGAGCUGGACCUCUCCUCACUUUUCAAUCCUCUGGUGGGAGUCAGAAGUGAAGGUGUGGAUUUGACACAUUCAAAUUCCCAUAUUCUUCUUCUAAUUCUACCUGCUUGUGAUUUCCACUGGGGCUAAACGGUGCAGGAGAGCAGCAGAAGAAAAGGGCUCUUGGCGUUUUCCUAAAACUCUGUAACCGAACAUGAAGCUUCACUGAGACGCCCCCUCUGCCUAACACACACUGACACACACACACACAUGUUUUUGUAAGAUAAAUGAAUUAAAUAAUAUAUUCAGAUACCUAUAUAGCAUUUACGAAAAUGUAUAGAAUCCUUGAAUAGUGGCUCACUUAAUUAGUCACCAAAAAGUUUUUUUUUUUUUAAACUUGUUUUUCUUAUUUUGUCGAUGACAGAAAAUGACGUAUAUUUUACAGCCUGUUGAAGGUGACAGGCGUGUUUGUUUUUUUAAAUAGAGAAGCAGGGUGUCCUGUGUUGAUGCUGCAGUGGUUUUUCCCUUUUAAAAUGCGAUCAUUGCUUUGAUUUUAUUUAUUGAGGUUUUUGUUGUUGCUGUUUUUAAAAAAAAAAUUAAUCCAGACAAUUCAAAAUUGCCACAGGAUAAUCAGUGUUUAUGAAUUGAGGGGUGAAAGAUGGUUCUGAUCUGUGGCGACGACCACACUCGUGUUUCUUCUGUGUAACGUGUGGAAGACAUGAUUUCUCAAUCCACGUAGGAGAAGUGAACCCUGGGAGGAGGAGGGGGGGUGUCAGAGGUGUCAGUGAGCCUCUCACGUGUCAACACGAGAUAAAAUGACGAGUGUGUGUGCUGCCAACGAGACGUCUAUGCACUGAGAGAACCGUGGUCCAAAAAAAAAACAGCUGCCUAAACCCAAAAUUAAAGCCCCCCACACACACACACACGGAAUGACUUCAUUCUAUCUCAUUAAACAAACACUACCUCUACUUAAUACACACUCACUCAUGCACACACACAUUCACACUCGGCUUGUAGUCGCUGAGUGAUUCUAGUUUUCCACAUUCACGUCAUCGAGAAUGGCCUUUGUCGUUAUUAUUCAAAAUGGGGGUUUGGUUUGGUUUCCCCUGCUAGUCAGCUGGAGCGUUAAAGGUGCAGCACACGACCGCAGACUUAAAUUUUCUGGUUGACGGAGUUCGAUUCAACCUCGUAAACCUUGAAACAAAAGCGGUGUAGCUAAAAGAGGGAAGUUAUAAACACAGUGAUCAUUAUGAUUUAACAUCAGGCACCGGAUGUAAUAUUGUUGUUUGUAGCUGUGAUGACAAACAGAUCUGCUGGAUUGAAAGUAGUGCUAGCAGAGGAUUGAAGUGCUGUUGAAGCCAGAGCAUCAACUGAAGUGUUUUUCUCUCUGCGUCCUGUGGAAGUGGUGAAAGUGUUCGAUUCAACAGUUCGACCUUUACUCUUUCAAACAGAACAGAAAACAAAACAAAGAGUUUGUUUGUCCCUCAUAGAUGUAAAUGACUUAAUUGCUAAACACUUGAACAAGCGACAGCAUCAACUGACCAAAUAUUCAUUUCACGUCAGAUUUGUUAGAGACGGUACAAUUCAGCAAAUUCACAUUUUGGUUUGACCCAUGAUGAGCCUCUGUUCUCUCUCCCCCUGCUGUCUGAGAGAACCUGAACAUGUUAGUGUGUAAUGCUGAUGUGAACAUGGCCUCUAAUCUGAGAUCAGUGCUCCUGUUAAACAUCUGAUUUUAUUCCGAGGCUUCACACUCCUCCCAAACGUCUGUCUCCUACAUGUAAAGGAAAUGUUUGCCAACGCUGCAGAUUUCAUCAUCUCUGGAAUUCUCAGAACAGACGUCGGCUGCAGAAUUUCUCACUCUCUGUAAUCUCACCACCAUCGCAGGCAUGUGGGGCAACAAGCUUGUUCAACAAUCCAUGAAUGUGAAUCGUCUUGAUUGAAAAUAAAAAAAAGCGGCUAUUUUUUGCACACGAUAUAAAGUAGACACUGCCACAGAGUGCAUCAAAAUAAAGCUGAAACAGAACGUGA